GGCAGAUGAUGACACCCAACGAGUAUGGAUGGGUCUGUUUUAGAACAACAGUGAUAAUUAUAUUCAUUUUGAGUAUAUAUUUUAAUUAGGUUUCAUUUUAAUCUAGUAUAUCACAAUGCGUUUUGAAUUGCCCGAAUUAAAGAGAUUUUGCUUUUGUUUCCCAUUACGAUAUGGUUUGCUUGUGUGGGGAUAUUUCAGUUUGAGUAUAACUAUUCUAUUUUUAUACGUGAGGAUUGCCACGUUAAUUGUUUUAUUGGAACACGAAGAAUAUCCCAGAAGAAGUAUUCUUACGUGUAUUUAUACUGCACUGGGCCUACUCGACGGUGUUGUCAAUAUUAUAUUCAUCUUCGCAGCUCAUUUGAAAAGAGUGAAACUACUAAAGAUAUCCCUCUUCUGUAACAUAGCAUUUCUUUCAGUGUACAUUAUUGUCGUUCUGUAUUCGAUUAUUUCUUUAAUUUACUUAUACUAUACAAAACGAGAUGUUAAAGGAUUGGAAGGUAUACAAGAUUCCAUAGAGUUGGUUCUAUCUGUGACGGCUAUGCCUUUCCUUAGGAUCUUAUUUGAAUUAUAUGCCUUACUGCUAUUAUGGAAUGAAAUCAAAAAGCUCACAAGAAAUGAUCGUCCAAUUAUGUUUGUGAAUUGCGCAGCUGAAGUCAGAUGCAUAAUGGAAACUGAAUUAGCCUUAAAUGACGAAGGAAAUCAAAAAGAGGACCAGGUACAAACAGCUGAGGUAGUGGUUGAAGAUAUAAGAGCUGCGACUGACGAUUCAGAUGAAAUUAAAGGUAUUAUUGAAAGUGAAAUAAAAAUAAAUACAGAAGAAAAUGAGGAAAAAGAAAGAGUAGAUGAUGAACCUCAUUCAGGAACUGCUGAGUUAUUAGUAGAAGUAACGGAAGCUGCACCGGAUAAUUUUGGGCAAAAUGUCUUUAAUAACGAUUUUUUCGAUGAUUUUGAUACAAGAACAGCUCAGAAUCCGAAAGUGAUGGAAGAUGAUUUUGGAGGCGAGGGUUUAGGAUUUGAACCCUGGUAAAUGAAGAGCGUCUUGACUUAUAACAAUCUUAAUGCUAUUUAUAGGUAUAUGAUCGUUGAUAAAUAGGAAUGUAGUACAAAAUGUAGAACGAAAAUGAAGAACAUUAU